CCCAGACUGAGCAGGGAUAUUAAUAUUUGCAAUUAGAUAAGAAAGCAUGUUGUUGUUCUUGGUGUUGUGGCAGCAUCGGUCAUCUCGUUUUCUAAUAUCUGUCUUCGAGCCGAUGUUCCACAAUGAAGGUUGCGUUUGUUUCUUCUAGGAACAGAAGUCGUGUGGGGGCGUGCAGCUGUGUUUCGCUUUGCGUCGGUGUACCGCUCCCGUCCAGCCAUGGCACAGAUGCCGGCCGCGUUCGCACGCCGUUUUUCUGCGAAGCGGGCGCGGCUAAAGCAGGAAGUGGAGGAUCUCCGCGACGACUAUCCUCGCCCAAGCCUACUCUCCUCGUUGCAUGAUCAGCACAUGAGGUUCUCUUCUGCUGGUCUCUACUUUCGUUUUCUGCCUGUCGUUGCCUACUUGGUCCUGCUCCACCUCCACCUCCCGCACCUCGUUUCGGCCAACGAUCCGAACUGCUGGGCCAACGACCUAUCCAGGAGAAAAAACCCAUAUCCAUCCAUUUUUUGCAUGACAAGCACUGCAGUUUUUGUUUUUGCAUGUCCUGCAUGACAAAUUGGAAUUGGAUGGAGAUGGCAGUUUUUUCCCGGAUACGACCCGAAACUUUCCUACAACACGUGUUGUCGCGACCACGGGCCCUACGGCAACCGCGCGUGUUGGGAUGGGCUUUUCACCCACCAAAGGUGUUGCAACACCUUCGACGACACGGAGCUGCCCGUGACGAAUCAGGAACUGGAAAAAGUCGCCAGACUGAAGAAGCUGAACGUGACCAGAGGGGGCAUAAAGCACCUCGACCCGGAGGACCGGCAGCUACUCCAAAAGCACUACGCGAUCGAAGCCCACGAGAAGAAAAUGCAGGAGGAACGAGACCUCGCGUGCGCCUCCACCAUGUACCAGCAGUUCAAAUUCGAAACUGCCAAUUAUUACAACCGGAACGAGACGCACUGGACGCUGCUGCAAGCCCAGACCUACAUCAUGAACAGCUUUCACCACGUCGCCGGCGUUUGCGCGCCGGCGGCGAUACAGGCACUGUUGUUGAAGAUGGAGAUGUUGUUCUACCGCAUGGACGGAAAGUUCGAGGACAGCUACCGAGUGUUUUAUCGUAUUGAAAAGCGUCGUCCCCAGCCCCACCACAUAAUAGAUUGUAUAAAAUGCAAAUGUGCAUGCUGAAAACGUUUCUCACGCGGAUCCCCAUGAGAAGUAUUUUCUGGUCCUCGUGAUUUGAAAUUUGUCAUGCUCCAAUCAGCAUGACAUACUAGAUCUCUGAUGCUGCUGAACUAGCUCAAACAGCACUGCGCCACGAGUUGAAAUUUGUCAUGCGAUAGAGCCAAAGCUUGUGGAUUUGUCUAGCCGAUUCCCCAUCUUGACUAUGGGGAGGCGGGGACGUUUUUCCAUAGGAUAGGUUUUCCGAGCAGUUCAUGAAGGCGGUCGCGUUGGGGAGAAUUCAGCAGUUAUCCUGUGCAAAAUUAUCGUACUUACUCGUAAUAAUUGCGUUUAAUAUGCAUAUACAAAUUUUUUUGUCAAGGCAAUUCAGCGUUACAAAUUUAAUUUGUAAUGCUGGACUAAUUUGUAAUGCAUUUAUACGAGUACGAUAGGAUAGGAUACUUUUGCAUUUUAUAGCAGUCGCAUUUUGACAACGGGUGGCCCAUCCGGGUGGGCCUGAAGCGGGUCAUGGAUUUGAGAUACAGCAUCCGGUCGGAUUUCGCUCCGGUGGACGUGGUGAUCUGCUACUGCCAGGAAGACUUGGACUGGCUCACGGUGUUCUGGAAACUGCCCUUCACGGACGAGGAUCACAGCGACCUGGUGCGGAAGUGGCUCAACAUACGAGUGCUUCACAAGUGCCCGCAACUGGUAUAAGUAGUAGUCAUGAUCUCAUCUCUUUGCGUUCUUUACGACCAGAACCAGGAAGGUCGUUGUAUAUGUACUUACUUAGGUUAUCCACUUUGCAUGCUGAUGAAACUGUAACUGUAUCUGGAUGUUGCCACCACUUCAUUGUGUGCAGCGCGUAGAAGUAGAACGUCCAUUCUGUAUAGUGCUGUCACCAUCCAAACUACUACCUACUCCCCAGGGCGAGCAAAAGGAGCGCGCCCGGCUUGUCGACCGUUGGAAGCCGUUUUUCCGCGAAUUUAUGAAAGCCUCAGAAUGGAAAUCCUCAAAGUGGAAAUGAUUUGUAAUGCAAAAAAACGAUUCCAGUUGAAGCGCCACUUCUAAUCGGCGCAUGACACAGUUCCCGGGCACUCAAAACAUGUCUGUCAUGCUAGUUAGGGCAAAGGUGUGCCCUUCUCUCGUGCUAAUCAGCAGCCCAAUUCUGAACCCGUAGAAGCACGAUAGUCGGCCUCCAUUGCGUCCUCUGCAAUACAGUCCUUUUGGUGUCGCAUUUCAUGCAUCACAAAUUAUUUCCACUUUGAGAAUUUCCAUUCUGAGGCUUUCAUAGAGUUCACGGUGGAUUUUGUCGACGACGUUUUACGGGCGGACGACUGCAGUGUAUGGCGUUCUCAACUGUUACAUUCUCAAUUGUUGCAUGGAUUUGUGAUGCAAGAAUGGCAAAAGUGAAAGGGGUCACCUUGCGCCUCUUGCAUGACAGAUCUGGCAAAGAUUAUCAGCCUGUAUGGCUCUUCGAGAAUUUGUCAUGCGAAGCAGCUUGAUCGUGUCGAUUCUGAUUGUGAUUUUGCAUUACAAAUCAUGUAACAGUUGAGAAUGUAACACUUGAGAACGCCAUACAGUGCGUACUUGGGGUAUAUUCUGCUCUAUUACCACAAGCUGCCGCGGCACACCAUCUUCCUGCACGCCGACGUGGGCGAGCACAUUCCGCACCUGAACAUGGUCACGGAGCUGAUGCUGGCGGCGAUCGCGGGGUUUGUGGACGACUUGAAGUUCGCGCAUCUGGCGCACAGUAUCCUUUGCAAAUCAUGUAUCGUACUCGUAUUGCAAUCAUGCAUUACAAUUUUUUUUCUUAUGGUAAAUCAGCAUUACAAAUUUACUUUCUCAUACUGAGGAAAUUUGUCAUGCAUUUAUACGAGUACGAUCACGAUGCUUUUGCAUUGCAUACACAACUACGUGAAACUGGGGGAGGGGGUGGAGAAAUUGAAAGAGCAGUGCAAGGAACACGUGAAAUCGCAGGAGGAGCAAAUGCUCGCCGCGAGUUACGAGUCGGUGAGCAGGCACUUGACUGGUAGAAGUACUAGCAGAGUGAAUCCGAACCCGGCGCGGUUGGCGGCCGCGCAUGGGGCUGGACCUACUUCACAGGGUACUACAAAUUAUAUUGCCGGGGACGAGGAAGAAGAGUUUGAAUUUCAUGGAGCGGUGCAAACGCAAACACAAACCAUGAGAAGGAGAAAGGUUGCCUCCACCUCCUCCAACAUCAAAAGUAUCAUCCCACGACGACCCUCCUACAGCUGGGAAGUGACAGACAAGCGGCUCCAGGUGUCCACGUCCAACGAGCAGAGAAAGAGAAAGUCCGACCGCGAGCCCGAGCAGAAAAUCCAGGAGAUGGGGAUCUUUAGCCGGUUUUGCAAGCAGGACAGCGGCGAUAUUGCGGACGAUUUUGAGUGGCCGCGACUGUGGAAAAAGGUCUUCCAAUCCUCCGUCGCCCCGUCGCCGGUCGCGGGGCAGGUGAACGCGUAUUGCUGUGUACAGUUUAUCGUGCACAGGGACCGAAUACAGAACCGGCCGUUGGAGUUUUACGCCAACGCGUUUGAGCACUUUCGGACGGAGGAGAGCUAUCUGGAUUUGUUUCCCAAUCGGAAGUGGAUCCGGAAAAUCGAUGUGAUGGGGCGGACGCCGUGUCAAUUGAGCAUGUACAUGUGGCUAUGCAUGGCAAAUAUGUCUGGGUCUCUAAGGAUGCAGCUUGUGAUGCUGUCUUUGGAUUGUGAAACAGUCUGUAUUGCAUGACCAGCAAGAGGAGUCCAGUUUGUGCUACUUACGCGGAGAGGGUAUUUCUCAUGCGGUAUAGGCAUCUUCAGGGAGCCCCCCUCUAAAAACCUGUGAUGCGAGGUCGUGCAUUACAGGUAUCGCUGGUCGUGCAAAUUAUGCAUGACAAACCUGGCAGUCUUCCAGACCCAGAAAUAUUUGCUUUUGAUAGUGGCACGGCAUGUUCGGCGCAGACAUUUCGAUGGAGCGACGCCAGUACGACCCCAUAUGGGAGUGUCAGGAUUGAAAUCUUCAAAGUUGAAAAGAUUUGUAAUGCGUAAAACCGAUACCAGAUGGAGGCCUACUUAUCAAGCGCCGCAUGACAAAUUUCGGCACCGUCUAACUCCAGUUUGUCAUGCUGUUUGGGCACAGAGGGCUGCUUUUGUCAUGCUCCUUUAGCAGCUCUGUCCUAAACCCUAAACAGGCACACAAUCGGCCUCGCUUGCCAUCCCUGCAAGAGAGGCACUUAAUGCCUUGCAUUUUAUGCAUGAGAAAUUAUUUCAACUUUGUCGAUUUCGAUCCUGACAAAUCCAUACCCCAACGUGCCCUAUUUCCUGAAAGCGACCAAUUUGGAGCGGGAAAUCUACGACGAGAGUAUUGCAAACGGGAUGGCGGAAACCGAUGGAGUGCUGAUGAACAUGAUGCAAAUGGCCUCGGCCGAUCACCCGAAGAGGAUUUACUGGGACACGCAGGUGCAUAACUGGUAGGAGAGCAUGUAGUUUUUGGCAUGAUCAGUGCGUGUCCGUGUUCUGCCUUUCGAUACAACCACUUUAUAGUCAUCUGAGAAUACAGAGUAGAAACAGGUUUUAUCAAUUCAAAUUUUCGUUUUACAUUCAGCAGCAAGAAAGCGGCUUUUGGUACGAUGUCAUCUGAGCACGAACUGAUUAAGUAGCAUGCACUAAAGUUCAAGGGAUGAAAACUGCUUCAAGGGUCCGUUUGAACCCAAGAAAUGCAUCCUUUUUU